AUGUCUUCUUUCUUCGAUGGAACACCGCCUCCAAACCUAGAACAGGAAGCUCAAGUCUUCGGAGUGAUCAUCUCAGGAGGUGGAUCCCCAAUGCCAGGUUCCUACCCUCAUGCCGAGAGCGAAACACUUGCAGAGAUAUUGCCACCCAGCGUCAUCGCUGCACCAGAACAAACAACCACUGAAGCCUCAAACGGGAAAGAACUUGCCGAGUCAGAAACCAAGGACGAAGCGAACGACGACCUUACCUCUACCACAGCAGAAGUGACAGACGAGAUGACUGAAAAUGCUCUUGGCCUGGCCAACCAAGAACUUUUUGCAGAAGCAAACGAUGUCACAAAAGGAGUGGAGUCCGACGUCGCGUUGCAGGAACCCGACAUUUCCCAGACAGAAUCACCGAAGACACCUGAACGUGCCAACCCACAAAAACCAAAAGUCGCAAGUCCGAUUGACCUAACUGAGGACAAAGAUACCAGCGAGUCUAGCUCAUCAGCUACAUCUGCUCCUCAAACUCCUGUCAAGCAACUCGCACAACUCAGGCUGGAUGAUGAAGUAUUUACACCAGAUCAGCCGACCCCCAAGGCGACACCACACUCAUCCGAGAAAGUACAGAGAGUCACGCGCGCAGAGUCCAAGAGACUCGCGAUCCUUGAAGAGAAGACUCACUACGAAAUUGUCCCGCUCGCAGAAGAAUGGGAAACGAAGAUCCAGACCGCCCUUCGUCACGGCCACGGCGCUUUCAAAGCCACAGAUUUUACCCGCGUCGUCCCUCUGAACGGACAGUCUACCCGCGGCACCGGUCAAUGGCUCAAUGACGAAGUUAUCAAUGGAUACCUGAACCUCGUUGUCGCCCACGGAAGACAGAACGAUCGUCCCACGCAAGUCCCUACACACCAUGCCUUCGUGUCCUUCUUCUUCAACAACCUCGAAAGCCGCGGCUAUGAUAGUGUCAAGCGAUGGGCUUCACGAGCAAAGAUUGGGGGCAAGAACCUCCUUGAGACAGAAGCGGUGUUCAUCCCAGUCAACAGCGGCGCUCAUUGGACGCUUUGUGUCGUGUCAGGCAAGAACCGCACGAUCGCACAUUACAACAGCCUGAGAGGGAACGGAAGACGAUACAUCAAUACCGUCAAGACAUGGGUUGCUGCAGAAUUGGGGUCUGCAUUCAAGGAGUCCGAAUGGACCUUUAUCGACGCAGGAGAGAGCCCCCAGCAAACCAACAUGGACGAUUGUGGGGUGUUUACGAUCACGAGCGCGAGGCAGAUCAUGUUGGGGCUUACGCCCAUGUCGUACAGCCCCGACAUGAUCCCCUUGCAGAGAAGGAGGAUUGUGGCGGAGCUUGUGAAUGGGGCGCUCUUGAAGAGCAGUUUGUAA